GUCCCCGCGAAUAUCAUUUUUUUUUUCCCUUGUCGUUUCUGUGCUUCUUGCCUCUUGUCCGCCGGUACUCUCGCCGAGCCGUUGCACCCUCGUACGCGUUCCGUCCGCCGCCUGGCGAAAUGCGAUUGAAUUUGGCCGCGUAAUUGCGUAUCUGGCGUCCUAAAAAUAGACUCCUCGCUCGGCUAUGCCGUUGCGGCGGCGGCGCGGUCCGGCGCCCGCACGUCCCGCCGAUUCGCCGUCGACCGCGGAGGAGUCGCCGCCGCCAGCAGCAGAUUGUAAUUAUAGACACCGUCACGCCGUACGCGCGCGGCACACGCUGGGCACACACUGGGCGCACCAACGGCACACGGCGCACGCGGACACCCGUUAAUACCGAGACGCGAAUCCCGGCGAAAGCAAAUUCAGACGCGCCGCGAACUGCAGGUAAAAUUGUCACGAUACAACGAAUUAAUAAAUGACUAAUAAAUAUCAAUUUGUUUAUGUAUAAACGAAUAUUAAUACGUAUUAACGGUUAUCGAGCGUUUUGUUGAUUAACUAACGCGUUCGCACGUUAUUAUUACACUAGUCAAUAUCGUAAUAUUAUUAACCAUCAUAAUUCACUGCGAUAACGGACCGACCCGAAAACAUUGCAUAUCGAUUAGACGUUAUUAAUAUCGAAUUUAAUGCAAAAUCGGUCUGAGCCACCUUUGCUUAAUAUUAUCGUUAGAUGACAGCACCCGAACCGUUAUCGUAUUUUAAUGUAAUUAAUAAUUUUAAGUGCAAGAAUAGACCGAAGCGGAUUAGUCUGUCUUACAUCCAUUUUGGGUUAGUCCGUUAUUGCACCGAAGGCACCUCAAUUUCGUCCCGGGAUGCCAUUGUUAGUUACCGUACGUUUUGGUCCGUUUCUCGGGCCGUCUAUUUCGGUAGACUUUCGCACGCUGGCCCGCCCCGCCCCGCUUACGGUCUCGGUAUUAUCCUUUUUCCGGAUUCGUUUCAGUUUUGAUCCGGAUCCGUAAUGUUAUACGCAGGCGGAUAGACGACCAAUUCCUUAUAGUAAUUUACCGGUGGAAAUCGUCUGUUUCCCGCCUGAAUAAAAUGGUUUAAUUUUGAAAAAAAUACAUACAAAAUCUUUCGAACUAAUAUCAUUUAUUAUCUCGACUGUCGUAUUGAAAACGAAUGUUGAUUUGACCGACUCGAGAGAGUUAAUACAAAUUUAACCCUUUAAUCCCUAUUCUCUUUAUAUUCGUCCUUGAAUUGUUCGUCAUUUUUUCACACUCGACCGAAUUAUUGCCUUGUUCGAACAGGUAAAACAUAAUAAUUUAUAUCGGAUCCGGAACAUACAUUAUAAGUCGAUCCGAUUUAUUUCGAUUGAUCAUGCAAUAAUGAAAAAUAAUACAUUCCGGAUCUAACGAUUAAAUCUUUUUUUGAUGUCAAGCACUGUCCGAGUUUAUCGCUGUAAAGAUUUUUCAUUCUUCGUAAAACACGGUUGUUAGUUUUAACCUGUGUGAAUGUCUGCAUGGACGUACCGUUGUUCAACGUCGGAUUUUAAACAUUUUUCUGAAAGGGGUUCUGACAAAUUAUACAUAUUUUAAAUGUAUCUAUUAAUAGAUGCCUCAUUUUUCUUUAAACGAUGUUUCAUUGAAAUUAUAUCGGUGUUUGGGGGGUGGUCUAGACCCCCUGAAUUCUCCCCCCUAUAAAUCCGUCACUGGCACUGCUAGUAUAUAUAUAUAUACCGUUCUGCGAUUCUUAAUUUCGAUAAACGUUUUUCACCUUUAGUUUUAUUAUUUUCACUUCUACGAUCAUUUGACACCAAUAAAACGAUUUUCCUAUUACCGUGGUUGGAGCUCACGUAUUUUCCAUACGUUUUAGACUAAUAAGUGGCGGAAAAUUAGACAAAAUUCUAAAGGUCCGAUUUUAAUCUGUAAUGUAGUUUGUCGACACAUUUUUCGAAUUAUUUACGAAAUCGAUUUUCGAUUUUCUACAGUUUCGCGAAGACCUCCUAAUUAAGAAAUGCAUUUUUAAAAAUUCCGUGAAAUAACCACGUUACACAAUAUUGUUUUGUAUUUACUUCGGACAUACCGAAUUUUAGUAGACAAAUCCAUUUCCAAAAUAACUUAGACGAUUUGUCGACAAACCCGUACAUAGUUGAAAAAUCGAAAUGGAUGUGGGGUACUAUGUCUAAUUUCCCAUCGCUUAUUGCUGGUCUAAAAGCCAUACAAUUCGGACCGAUUUCCCGUUAACGAGUAUCGGGCAGUAGAUCAAUGGAAAAGUCUCGUCAUUAACAAAUAUAAAUAAUUUACAAAUACCAAGAUACCUAUUAUUGGAGAAAAUUUUAAAAACCACGUCAAAUAUUAAAUAAGUCUGGUUUAUUACUCUUUUCCCCCUAACCUUCAAAACAGCGUUUUAGUCCGUUAUCAUUAUUCGACGUCCGAUCAGACGACACUCGCAGUAAAACCAAAACAUAGUUUAUUAUAUCGAAUUAAGAAUUUGUGUAAAAAAAAAAAAACAUCUAACAGUGUACUCUAAAUGUCUGAAAGUCAUACGGAGCUGUGUUUGAGUGCUGACCUAUUCCUCAGACUGUAUAGUAAUACCACACGUACAUCGCACAUAGGAUAUUUUUGGUCAAGCGAAAUGUGCGAGUGAGGUCCAAUUAGCCAGCGGUGUGUUUAUAUACCAUGUAUGUAUUUAUAUUUUGCCAAAACGGAUUUGAACAAUUUUUUAUUUUUGAAUUUGUACUAAAUUUUUUCGAGUUGUAUUCCGUUUCUUUAAAUUUACCGUGACAUUCCUGUUAGUUUAACUGUUCACAUGAACUGAUUUUAUGUUGUACUAUUUUUGAGUAUAACUGUGCACUUAAAAGCACUUUAGUUUGUUAACUCGCAUAUAUUAAAAACAGUAUUGAUUUCUUGUAUUAUAGAUAUUCCAUUUUUUUUUUUGUUUUCAAUUUAGUAGGAGGCUCCGCGGUAGACAAAUAUAUGUAUAUCCACGACACACGUGCUAAAAACAAGUGUCUUUCAAGAAAAAUAAUAAAAAACAUGUUUGUAAAACAUCGCCACCACCGACCCGUCAAUAACAAUAUAUUUUAAGAUACCCAAUAAAAAUGUUAGUUAAGUGUUUUUUUUUUAUCAAUUUUUAAAGAUCAAAGUCAAAUUUUUAAACGGGCUAAUGUAACACGUAUUAUGUCUACAAUCAUACUCGAUGCUCAAUUACUUUGAUAAAUAGAGCGCGUACACGGUUCUUGUAACCGAGCCAAUUUCGAAACUACUAGAGUGUACAGCGAAUGUUGUUUUUUCUUUCUGUACAUGAUUGUUAAACGGUGGAAAAUAUAUUUUAUCCAUUGUGACAAAUAAACCCGAAAACGAACUCGUGUAAUUUUACUGUUCGGACGUCAUCCUACUCGUGGUCUUUUUUACAAAUCGUAAACAUUUACAAUUAAAAAGCUUUAACGAUUCUUAAUUAAAAAUAAAAUCAGUUGUAUUAUGUUGUAAAUUUUGCGAGCUCAUGAAGGAAUUUUUUUGAAAAUAAAUCCCGAUUUGUUGUGCAAAACUGUGUCGGGUUUAUUUUAUUAUGUAGCAAAACUUUAAAAGUAAGUACGUUGGGAAAGUUUAAAUUAUAUACUUGUUGAAACAAUUUUGAAUUUAUUAAAUGCUACAAUUAAGAACCGCUUUUUGAAGUUUCCCUAUAAAUUUCAAACUAAGUUUGUUAGAAUUUUUAAUGUACACACGAAAAUAAAAAUUUUGAAUUAAAAAAACUAAAAAUAACGCUGAUAAGUUAAAUUAAAAUUAUGUCACAUAUUUUAACGAUAAGUUUGUUGAGUGGGUAACUAAUUUAAUUUACCUAAUGUAUUAUAUUAUAUGUUGUCGUUGUUCUAGAUGCUUUAGAAGAAUGUGAAUUAACAGGUCAAAAAAUAAAAAUAGAUUAUAGACAAUGUUUAUUUUUGACGUAUCAAAUUUGAACCAAAUUAGAUUUGAAUUUUAUUUAAAUUAUUAAUUUAUUACUAUUAUUAUUGUUUCAGUAUAAUUAUUAGCGAUGGGCGCAAUUUGGAGUCGUCCGGUAGAUAUGCCAGCAUUACCAGCCCCAGUAACAAUAUUACAUUAUUUAUUAUUCAAACAUAAAAUAAUUAUUUUAUUUUUGUACAUAUUAGGAACUUGUUGAUGAUUCUAUUGAGAAUAUUGUUAGUCCUGACGCCAAGGAGCCAGAUGAGUUUGAUCGGUAUUUAGCUAGUAUACGUGAACGGCGGCACGAUGCUCUUGCAUCGAUUAAGACCGAGAUGAACCGAUUGAGAGAGUAUAAAGAAGAACUGGAAAUGGUGAGAACAGAAAAAAACGGAUUAGAGCAACAGGUCAAAGCCCUUAAGCAAGUUGCAAACAUCAGUAAUGAUAUGUUGAAAAUCAGAGAGGCACAGGUGAUUUAUACAUUGUACCUAUAUAUGGCAUACAUACCAGAAUGUGUUGAAUAUAUGUUUAAUGCAUCUAUAAUAGGUAACUGAUUUAAAAAAACGAUUGCAAGAAAUGGAAUCGCAUGCGGACGAAUGUUUAGCUGAUUUGCGGGUGGAGUACCAAAAGCAAAUCGACAAUAUUAGGAAUUUAAGACAGCUUUAUGAGGAGCGAGCAAAAGCAGCGGCUAUGGGUCACGAAAUGGAAAUGGAUAAAGAGAGAGCUAAAAAUUCUGAACUGGAAGCUAAACUUGCCGAAGAACUUACCAGUAAGCAGGGCAUGAAUGAUUUCAUAGCAAAACUCGAAACAGAGGUACAAGGCAAGCAAACUGAGUACGAACAAAUGAAGGCAAAAUAUAUGACUACCUCCGCGGACAGGAUGAGCCUUGCAUCACAAAUGUCAUUGGUAAAUAAUUUAUUUUCCACGUUAUUAUCUGGUGAUGAAGGACCGGAUUUCGAUCGAUUCGCUCGUAUGCUAGAAGAAAAUAGAGAGUUGAUAUCAGAUUUGACGUUCAAUGGGGAUAUUAACGAAACUGCUUCUGUGUUGAUGGAUAUUGCUGGCGAUACAUUGGAACGUUCAGAACAAGCAGAAUGUACAACAAAUCGGGAAAAAAUUGCUUCAAAUUUGCCAAAAGUUUGGAGAAUACUUGUGGAACUUUUGGGACAUUAUGAUAAUAAAACAUCGAACGAGUCAAAGCCAGACGAUAGAAACGAAUCUAGGGCUGCUACUGUAAGUAGAACAUUUUUGAAACUUAAAGAUCUUAUUCUUGAAAAAAAUGCUCUGAUAAAAGAUAUUGGUAGGCUAAAGACUCUCAAUGACCAUUUAGAAUCUAGACUUGGCCAUCAACAACAGAGGCUAUCGACUGUUUCUGCAGAAUUAGGUAAUGCAUGGAAUGCUGUAACUAAGCUUAACGCACAACAUAGAAAACUUCACACCCAUGAGAAAAUUCUUAGAUAUGAAUUGCAACACAAGAGAACUGUAUUGACUGGUUUAAAACGGGAACUAGAGUACUGUAAAGAAAAAUGGGAUCAAGCUAGAUUAAAGAAUACACAAUCGGAACAAGAUUGGCAAUCAUUACGAGAAGAAUUUGCCCUGAGAAAAUGUAGUACAUCAGUAGAGAGUGGAUUCGAAGACGAUGAGAGCCGAGUGGCCAAUGUUGAUAGUGGAGCUUGUAGUGAUGAAGAUGAGAAUUGGCUGAAAACAUUAUCUAUGGAAAAUUCAGAAACAGAAACAGAAACAGUAGACGAACCUCAGUCAGAAACCAAACCAACUGGAGUUAAACGACUAGAGGAACAGAGUAGAGCACUGCUUAAUCAAAUGGUACGUACUUCCCGAACCAGUGACUCUAUUAGUGAGCGACUGGAGGAAUUGCAAAGACAAUACAGUCGGCCUGGACGACCGGUCACAACAUCAGAAAAUGUAGAUAGCACUACUUUAUCAGACAUAUUAGUUGAGCUACCUGGAACAAGUACUUCGACUGAAAUUAUUUUGCAGUCAAAUGAUGAAAACACAAAUAAUUUACAAAUAGAUGCGACUGUUCCAAAAUCUAAUGAAGAAGAAAGACUUCAGGAAAAUACAGUAGUAUUACGGCCAGAUGAGGAGGAAAGACUUCAACGAAGAGCAGCUCGAUUAAAAAGAUUGGAAGAACAGUGUUUGGGAUUAUUUCGACAAGUAAGUAAAAUAAAAGUUUUUUAUUGUAUUUAUUGUAUUAAUAUUGAAGUUAAACAAUAUAAAACUAAUUUAGAAUAAUUAUUUCAAUUUAAAAAUAUUUUUAAAAGCUAUUAAAUACGUUGCGUAAAUUAUUAUUAUUUUUUGUUGGUUUUCCAAAUUAAUAUUUUUGGGCCUAACUAGUGGUGUUGAUAAGACUAAGAUCUCAAAUGUUCUAUUAAAUAAAGCAAUUUAAAAUUAUUAUUAUUUUGUCCAAAUAAUUAAAGUUUAUAGAUUUUAUUUUUUUAUUUAUUACAUUUAAUUAAUAUUCUGUACAUAUCUAUUCUUUGUAAAAGUAUAAAUCAUUUAGUACGUUACCUAUUACAUUCGUCUUGUUAUUUUAUUCAUUCGCUUUUAGGGGGGUGGGCAGUGGUGUAUUAAGAAUAAUUUUUAUUUCUGCCCUUCUCCUUUCACAUAUUUUCACCCACUACUCUUUACAACCUCAGAUCUUCGCUCUCCGCUCUCAAUUACUGAUAAAUGUGUCUCUUGCUUUAUUUUAAAUGAAAUUUUAAAAUGUUUAUCCUAGGGUUUAACAAUUAACAAUUUCAAAGUGUUUCAUUCAAAUAAAAAAUCAUAGGUAUCAAAUAAUGACAUAAGUAAAUUGUAUAUGUUAUUGGUCGUUUCACUUAUUUUACAUUCAACUCAAAAUUAUUUGAUGAGAUAAUCUGUUAUUGCAUAUUACUUAUUACUUGGGGAUACAAAGUUAAGAUUACACAGUGUAGCAAAAGGUCUAUACAAAAGACGACCCUUCUCGACAUAAAAUUACUCGUGGUCCUUUUAUACUUAUAAAAACAGCGCUUACAACAAUUACCAAUUACUUAUAAAAAUAAAAUCAUAGAUUAAUCAAUUUAUUAAAUACAAUUAAAGAAAUCUGUUAUACAAAUUUGACUUUGUGGACUUUUUUUUCCUAUUAAAAAUUGUUUUGCGGAUGAUUACUCAAUUUUUCUUGUGUUUACAGUAGAUACAGAAAUUAAGACCACAAAGCGAACAGUUUUAUCUAUGUUCCAGCGUGCUUAUUUUUUGAUAAUUUAAUCAAUGAUGCUAUUAAGUGUUAUACAUUUUGUGAUAAAAACAAAAAUUAAUAAACUCAAUAAAACUUCCGCCCCUAAAACUUAAAAUUUUGUCACUGGGGUCAUUCGCCCCCUUCGCCCCUCUUAAAUGCGCCACUGCGGGUGGAGGUGUAUUAUAUACCUACUGUAAGAUAUCUAGAUCUAACUUUUAGUUACGGUAAUCUAUUAAUUUACCGUAUAUAUAUAUAUAUUUUCAAUAGGCAACUAAUAGUGGAUAUUAUUAUUAUUUUUGUUUAGGUGAGUGAGACGAACGCUAGGAGUGAUGUGAUAUCCGUUCGACUAGAUGAAGUGCAUGCCAGACAGGUAGCGAGGUCUAACGAUCGAUUACAAACGACGUCCAAUGCUGAUGUCGUUCCUGCGGAUGAGUCGACCGAAGGAGUUUGACCAGGGACAAGUAAACAAGUAUAAUAUUGUAAUGAUUCAAACGACGUUUUAUAUUUUUAUGAAUGUAUAUUUUUCGAUUCAAAAACACUACAGAAAUGACAGAAAUGUCAAUUACCUUAUUAAAAUUUGUUGUAUUUCCGAGAAAUACAAAGAUUAUUAUUAAAAAAACAAAUACAAUGAUUGCGUACAAACAUGUUCAACACGUAACUAAACUAAUUAGCCAUUAAAAACUACAAUAUUAUUAUUUUAAACAAAUUUCUAAUAUUAUGUUUAAUAUUCAAAAAUCCCACUAUUAUAGCUAUUAUUACAUUAUAGAGUAAUAUUAGUCUAUUACUACCGUUCUCAUAUAUUAUUAUAUCAAUUUAAUUUGAUAAUCUAAUAAAGUUAAAUUAUUAUUAUAAUAACUAGAAUUAUAGAACUAUUAUUAUUCAAAGUACGUGUGAUUUUAUGAGAUUUGUGAUAUACCUUAUUAUUGUAAUGAUUAGUAUUAUUGAAUUGUUGUUGUUACCUUAAGGAAUAUUAUGUACUUAUUAUAUUUGGCAACGAGUUAGUUGUAGCGAAUAAAAUAAUAUAAUAUUACUAUUAUCAUUUCUUUUGAAAAGAAUUGUAUAAAAUGCAUUUUUCCUGAGGUUAUUCGUAUCAAUGAAUAUUUCCGUUUAUAUUAUCAACGUAUUAAUAAUAAUUAUCAAUUCCCAAUUGCGUGUUAUAAAAACAUAAGGUAGUAGUAGUUUAGAACCGUGCGUAUAUUAAGUUAAACGUUUUUUUUCUCGUAAAUGAUGUUUAUCGUACGAUAAAGUUUUUAUAUUUUUAAAUUAUUAUUAAAUAUGAACGUACACAUGUAUACACGGUAUGAUAUUACAUGUAUUAUUUUUUUUUAAUGCGAAUAAGUCACGAAUGAAUGCAAAAUUUAAUAUUCUCUAGGUGCAUAUAAUAUAAUAACGAAUUAUAAUAUAUAGGUACCUAAUGAAAGUUGUCGAUAAUAAUGUUGUUGUUAUUAUUAUUGUCGAGUAAUAUUAUAACAUUGAAUAAUAUCGUACAUUUUAUCACAAAACUCAAACAAAAAUACGUACAAAGAAUUGCCUAAGUAAGUAUAUUAUAAUAUAUUAUGAUUAUUUAAAUAAGAUUGAAUAAAUUUAAUCGCUAUGUAUACUUUAUGUAAAUGUAUACUCAUCUAAGUAGAAUAUUAUUAUUAUUAUAUUUUAUUAAUAAUAUAAUAUCUAUAAAGAGAAUCUAAUGAUUAAAACGUCUUUGUAAGUAUUAUUAUAAUGUAAGUAAGUGAUAUCUUAUCGAUCACGAUUUAAAAUGUUAUUAGAUUAUAAUGAAAAAGAUUAACAAAAAAAAGACGAUGCGCGUGUUUUCCGAAACCUCUUGUCGUUUAGUCGAAUGAUGUCUUGCCGAAGAUGAAGUUGCCCAGAGCUGCCGGAUCUUCAGAAGCGAAAAAUUCCACCCAGUAUUUAGCGAACUCGUCGUGAGACACUUGAAUUGUGCCGUUCUG